CCACCUCACUCUCUUCAACAUUCACUCACACUCUUCAGCUAGCUUCUGCUCAUCACACUACUACAGUAGAUCGAACAGCAAUGGCGGAGGCAGCAUCCGGCAAUGGCACCACGGCGGCGGUGACGGUGACGGGGAGUCGGACGGUGGCUCCAUCAAAGCGCAAACCGACGACGCUGGCCACAUUCGACCUCCCUUACAUCACCUUCUACUACAACCAGAAGCUUCUCCUCUACCGCCUCCCCUCCGCCGUCGACUUCCACGACGCCGCCGCGCGCAUGGCCGCCUCCCUCGCUGACGCGCUCGCCCUCUUCCACCCUCUCGCCGGCCGCAUCCUUCUGCAGGACGUUGACAAGGACGGCGGCGGCGUGCUGGUCGUGGACGGGGAAGAAGGCGCGGAGGUCUUUGAGGCGGCCGCCGAGGGUGUGUCGUUGGCCGAGCUCGCCGGGGAAGACUGCGCCGAGGAGCUGAUGCAGCGGCUCGUCCCCUACACCGGCGUCAUGAACCUCGAGGGCCUCCGCCGCCCGCUGCUCGCCGUCCAGCUCACCAAGCUCCGCGACGGCAUGGCCGUCGGCUGCGCCUUCAACCACGCCGUGCUCGACGGGACCGCCACGUGGCACUUCAUGACCUCCUGGGCCGAGCUCUGCCGCGGGCUGACCUCCCCAACCACCCUCCCGGUCCACGACCGCUCCGCGGCCCGCUCCACCAAGGUCCGCCUCACGCUCCCUCCCUCCGCCGCGGCCCACGAGGCCACCGACCCCAACGGGCCGAAGCCGCCCCUCGUGGCCCGCGUCUUCUCCUUCCCGGCCUCCACCGUGGCCCGAAUCAAGGCCCAGGCAAACUCCUCCCUCCUCCCCGGCACCACCAAGCCCUUCUCCACGUUCCAGUCGCUGGGGGGGCACGUCUGGCGGGCCGUGUCCAAGGCCCGCUUGCUCGGCCCAUCCGACAUCACAGUCUUCGCCGUCUUCGCCGAUUGCCGCGCCAGGCUCUCCCCGCCCGUCCCGGCGUCCUACUUCGGGAACCUCAUCCAGGCCGUCUUCACCGGAAUCCCCGCCGGGAUGCUCCUGGGUUCCCCGCCGCAGCUGGCCGCCGGGAUGCUGCAGAAGGCGAUCGACGAGCACGACGCCGCCGCGGUGACCCGGCGGCUCGAGGAGUACGAGGCGGCGCCCAAGCUGUUCCACUACAGCGACGCCGGGCCCAACUGCGUCGCCGUGGGGAGCUCGCCGCGGUUCAAGGUGUACGGCGUGGACUUCGGGUUCGGGAGGCCCGAGCGGGUCCGUAGCGGCGGGAACAACAAGUUCGACGGGAUGGUGUACCUGUAUCCCGGACGCGGGGAAGAAGAAGGCGGCAUUGAUGUCGAGCUCGCGCUGCAGCCGGAGCCCAUGAAGAGGCUCCUGGAGGAUCCCGAGUUCCUCAACUUCGCCGCCGAUGCCUGAAUGCCUCAUGAUUCAUUCAAGCUUAAGAAGUAAGUGUGCAGUGCAGUUGCAGUUGCAGGGAUCGAUCAGAUUCAGAUGUACCAUGUGAUGUUUUCUAUGGUGUUAUUAUAUUUGUUCCACUCGAAUAAGGAGGAUUAGUCUGUGUAAGCUAGCUUAUGAUGAUCCUAGUAUUGAUUUGAUUUGUCAUGCAUUCAUGUACUCUACCAGUAUUUGUAAUCCACCAGCUUGAAUUACGACUAUUUUGAGUUUAUUUGCAUUUUUG